AUGAUUGAGCUUAUAUCGCAACAACAACAACAACAACAACAGCAACAACAACAAAAGAAGGAUGUUGAAAACACAUUUGCAUUUAGGCCUGGAACUCAUCAAUUUUAUGUUCUUGGCCUUCCCAUCAUAUUCGCCAAUAAAAAACAACCAAUUACACAAUCCAUUCAUCAUCUCAAUGUGGACACGAAGGGUGUAGGCACCGCCAACACGAAAUUAGUUCACAAAUCGUUUUGGUCAGAUGGGUGCAUUGCUUUAAACAACGCUCAUUUAAAAUAUUUUGCUUUGCCUGAAAUUGGACAUCUUUCAAGGCCUCUGACAGUUUCCAUUAGACCAACUUCUUAUAUAAGUAAUCGUAAUGUUUCAUUCCAAACACAAAAUCAAUUUUUUGCACCACGUUGA